CCUCGCAGGGGUAUAAAUAGCGGCUGUCUGGCCCUAUUUCUGAAUAGUCUUCGCUCGAUCGUUGGACAAACAAGUUAAAGGAAGCAAAAAUGAAGGUUUUCGUUGCCAUCUGUGUGCUGAUUGGACUGGCCUCCGCUGACUAUGUCGUGAAGAACCGGAACGACAUGCUCGCCUACCGGGAGGAGUGCGUCAAGGAGCUGGCCGUUCCCGCCGAUCUGGUCGAGAAGUACACCAAGUGGGAGUACCCCAAUGACACCAAGACCCAGUGCUACAUCAAGUGCGUCUUCACCAAGUGGGGCCUGUUCGAUGCCCAGACCGGUUUCAAUGUGGAGAACAUCCACCAGCAGCUGGUCGGCAACCACGCCGACCACAACGAGGCCUUCCACGCCACCCUGGCCGCCUGCGUGGACAAGAACGAGCAGGGAACCAGUGAGUGCGAGUGGGCCUACCGUGGAGCCACCUGCCUGCUGAGGGAGAACGCCGCCCUCAUCCAGAAGAGCCUGGCCCCCAAGGUUUAGAGGGGGUCUCAAUGCGACUGCUGUACUGAUAAGCCAUAAUUUAGUUAAUAAAGUAAUUGAUUUCCGACAAA